UGACAUUCAGCAAUGAGGUGUGUAGCACUUUUUCUAGGAUGAGUUUGCGAAUUGUCCAGCCUCAUAUGUGUGUGUGUGUAUAUAAUUUAUCUGUGCUCAGUUUCCCCUUAUGUGAAAGGAGAAAACAAUACCUACUUCAAAGAGUUUUGAAGAUUAAAAGGGAUAAUAAAUGUUAAAGUUGUUCCAUAACACUGAGGAACAAGAAGCAUCACAUUAAUUUUUCUAAAUUAAAUUAAAUCUGGCUCAAAACUCCCAUUUACUAGGGUUCAAAGAUAUCCAAUAUUAAUCAUGAUGGGGGGGCUUUUUCCCUCUUCAGUGUGGUAUAAACUAACCCCCCAUCCCCCACCCCCCAAAAAAAAGGAAAGAAAAAGAAAACCACUUAGGAAAGAACUUCAGGUCUUGAAUCUGUCACGGUUGCCACUGCGAUGUGCAUUGUCUAAACCCAUUCGAUCCAUUCAAAGGCUCCACAGCAUCUCUGCCGAGUACGUACACCAGAACCUUUUGCUGCAGUUCCCAAGGCUAUGUGCUAGAUGUUUAGUGCCCUAAUCACUAACUCAGCUUUCCCCAUCAGAAGUCCUGCUGCCUCCUAGGGGACAUCUGUACAGCCCGUCACUCAGGGAAACCAUUGCUGCAUUUCAUUUCCCAAGUCCCUGGGCCCAUUGCUAUCCCCGGACAACUCAGCAUGUCCUCCACCUUCUUCUUCUCCACAACACCCAGUUAAAUUAAAUUCCCCUCCCACACAAGGGCCUGGAUAAGAUUGUAGACUAAGUGUCUUGCAACUUUGAUUUGGGGCUAGAAAACACAAAAUCCAUGAACAAUUUCAUAAGAUAAGAAAUCUAGAAUUUCUGGAAAAGAGGAGAGCAAAGUUAUCUUUUUACCCUACUGGGGGUCUCCUUUGGUAAGGAGGAGACAGCAAAUAAUAACUUGGUAAAUUAUCCUACCACAAGUGUAAAGUAAUUAGCGCAGAAUAAGUAUUCAGUAUUGCCUUCUUUAUUUCCUCUCAGGAUUCAACUUACCUUCUUCAAAUAAGAGUUGACAGCUGACAUAAGAUUUUAAAAAAAAGAGGGAACAGAUUUCAUCUAUUAAAGAAAUAAAAUUUUAAUAUAGCAUGCACUAUGUACAAUUCUAAGCCUAUAAUUUUCUUCACUUAACCCUCAGAACAACCCUAUGUGGUAAAUAUUAUCCUCCUUUUACAGGUGAAAAAACUGAGGCACUGAAAAAUUAAAUAGUUUUGAGAUUUCCCAGGUAGGAAGUGGUAGAGCUAAGAUUUGAAUGAGGCAAUUUGUUGCUAGUUAACCACAAUACCUAAAGCAUAAUUCUGAGCUUGGUAGUCAAGACAAAAGGGGAUCACCCAGGUUUCACUAUAUGAAGUAUGAGUUGUCUGGCAGAGGCCAUUUUUUUGGCCCUAAAUUCAGGGAGAAGGCUGUUAGCCAUGUGGGGGAUGGGAGUUCUUUAUUCUGUGAUGCAGUGAUGACGUCAGGGUAAACUGCCACUAGGCUGAGGAAAAUGGAGUGGCUGCUGGAGGGCCUACUUGGGACUAAGGGGGAUAAGGGGCUUCUCUGGGGCCAGCUGACGUAUGCCCUGGCCUGCAGAUACUGUGGCAGCAGCUGCCUCCAGAGUACAGGGAAUCUAGUGACACUAUUCCUGUUCAUGGUUUGGCAGAUCCGGAGAUGGCGGCAGCUUGGGAGCUGGCGACAGCUUCAGCCCUGCUCCUCUGGGGACAUGAUGCAAGGCAAGGGCCUACCACUUCUGUACCGUGUGGCUUUCCUUGAUCGUCUGUGGAAGCAGAAGUCAGAGGAGGAAGAAAAAGAGGAGAAAGGAGAGGAGGAGGUAGAGGAGGAGGAAGAAGAGGAAGAAGAGGAGGAGACAUCUCUGGAUCCAUGUUCUCUUCCCAAAGAAGCUCCUAUUAGAGAACAAGACACCAUAGCCCCAUCCCAGCCAUUCUGCAGUUCUAAGAGCCUCCACAAGGCCAUAGGGACACCAGAGCUAGUACUCAUGCAGACCCCAAGCCCUUCCAGAUCCUUCCCCAUCUUCCAGAUGCUGACCAACCUGCCUGUAAGGCACAAGACAGCAUCAGGGAGCCAUCUACAUCAGAGAAAAAGCCAGCUCUUCUGGGGUCUCCCUUCUCUGCACAGUGAGUCCUUGGAGGCCAUCAACCUGAGCUCAGGUGGCCCCUUUCCCCUGAAGUUACCUGCUGGUCCUUCUGUCUGCUUCAACAAGCUUGCCUUCCUGUAUAGGUCCAACCUGCUGCUUCCUCAGUUUUGCUCCCCAACCCAGCUUCCUACCCAUCAAGUCCAUGCUAUGGAAGAUCUGGAAGAGAUGGCCCCUGAUCCUCAGCAACGUCCCCUUCCCUCAUCCCCUUCUGUCCCAUCACUACCCCUCCAUCUUAUGUCUUUUCCCAGGGACAAGGGGAAAGGCGCUGAGGCACAUAUACAGUGGCUUACACAGCAGAAAGAGGUCCCUUGGGUCUCUGAGGAUCAAGCCCUGCACCCAGAUCCUGAACUCCAAAGAACUAGACCCUUAUCUAAGGUCUGGAGGGGGGUGCCACAGGAUCCUGACCUUCAACAACACAUUCCAGAUUCACUCUCUGCCUCUCUGCUGUAUCCCGCUAGCCUUCUGGGAGCCCCGACUAGGUCUGAGACCCCAUGGAGGACCAUGAGGCAAAAUGAGGACUCCAAAGCCCCUGAGUCAGCAAUGCCAGUUCCCAGCCCACCCCUGGCCUCUCUGCCAUUACUCCAGGUAACCAGUUCUAUAGGAGGCCUUUCUGGAUCUAAGGACCUCUGCGAAACCAUAAGGCAACGAGAGAACGCUCAGGUCUCUGAGCCUCCAAUCCUGGUCCCUUGCCAAUCUGUAGCCCCCAUGACAGAGCCUCAAGGAACUAGCCUCCUGGAAGUUCCACCUGGAUGUGAGACUCAGUGGAGAAUCACAGGACAUGAAGAGAGUCCUCAAGCCUCUGAGCCCCCAAGGCCACCCCCUUGCCAACUCCCAGAUUCUCUGUCCGAAUCCCAGGUGGUCAGCCCCGAAGGACCUUCUGCACCUAAGGACUUCUGGGGAACCAUGGAACUCAGAGAGAACACUCAGACCUCUGGGUCCCCAGUGCCAGCCCCCUGCACUUCCCCAGAUUCCCUGCCAGAACUGUGGGGAGGCAGUGCCUUGGAAGAUCCAUCUGGAUACAAACACCACAGGGGAUGCAGAGAAAAUUCAGGAAACCCUGAGGCCUUUGAGCCCCCAGCCUUGGACCUCAAUCCAGGGCUCUAUGGAACCAGCCCUGCAUGUGUCCCAUCAAGAUCUAAGACUCCACGGAAGAGCAUGCAGAGUACAGAAAAUCUUUGGGUCUCUGCAGACCCAGUUCCAUCUUCCAGCCUUCCCUUAGCGUCUCUGCUGCAGUCCCUAGGAGUGGGCCCCCAGGGGGUCCUGUCUGAGGCCAAGGCUUUGUGGGAGAGCAUGGGGCAGAAUGAGAAUCUCUGGACCUCUGAGUCUCCAGACCACAGCCGAUCUCUACCUCCCAUUCUCGAACCCCACAGAAUCAAUCCUGUGGGAGACCUCACUAGUUCAGAAGCUGCGUGGAAGGACACUCAACAUUCCAGGAACUCCUGGGCUUCUGAGCCCCCAUCUCUGGCCCUCAGCCCACACCCAGCUCUCAAACUGGAGCCCCUGAGAGUUAGCCCCAUGGGGGUCCUGUCUGAUUCUGAGGCUAGCUGUGGAGACAUACCAAGGAGAAAGAACUCGUGGGCCUUUGCGUUCCCAGCACACAACUUACCCCAAGACCCACAUGAAGCUAGCCCCUUGGGAGCCCUGUCUGCCUCUGAGCUUGUUGCUGGGGACAUGGAACAGAAAGAAACCUGUUGGGUUCCUGUAUCCCCAUUCUGCGGCCCCAGUCCACCCUCAAACUCUAUGUCCAAGUCUCACAUAAGUAAGCCUGUUGGAGACCAAGGCAACGGUAAGCCUGAGAGGGAGGCAGUGAAGCAGAGCGAGAACUACUGGGCCACUGAGCUCCGAGCCCCAACCUGCUGCUCACUCUCUGCUCCUUUACCAGCCCCACACCUUGAUCUUGAGUUUGUGUGGCGGCAUGUGCAACAGAGAGCGGUCCCCCAGGGCUCCAGCCCUCCAGCAGUAGAUCCCCUGCAGCCAAUACCCUGGCCUCCCCCGCUAGCUGAAGCUCUGAAGCUUGAGUCCAAUCAGCCUGGCCCCUCCGAAGGAGAGCUGUUGCCAGGAGCUAAGGCAGAAUAUCCACCCUCCCGGAGAGAGGCUGCCCCAGAGGCACCCACUGACUCUGAGGUCCAGGCCUGGCACUGGAGUAGAGAACUGGAACUCAAGCUGAAGAAACUGCAGCAGAGUCCUGCUCCCAGCUCCCCUGCCCUGAGCUCCACAACUCCUGGAGGAACCUGGAGACACUCUUCCUGCUCCCCACAUCAGACCCAUCCCCCCAGACUGGGCCUCCACUCUUCAAGCUGUUAUCCUCCAAAAGUUGAGAGCACAGUAACUCGGCCUGUCCAGGUCUCCCACUGUUGUCACUCUUCUGCCCAUUCUCAGCCACAAGAAUCUGGUAGGGCACAAGAAUCUCAGAGAGAGGAAGGAAUGAAGGCAAAGAUGGUGGCCCAGGUCUCACCCCAGGGACCAUGUGUUUACGUGGAGUCUGGGGAAGACUGCCCAGGCCUGGGAGAGCCCUCAAACUCUGAGGUUCUACUCUCGGGUAACAGACAGGACAAGGCGUCAGACCAACAUUCAGGCAAAAAGGCAUCACCCAAUAUUCACCCCAGGAAACCCAAAACAGACUGUAGCAGAGGGGAUACCAGAUUGAGGUCACCCCCAGUUACCGUGAAGAACUACCCAGCCCAGGCCGGGGGACUAGUGGAGACCCCUGCAAGUGGACUUUCCCAAAGAUCUCAGCACAGGAACAAGAGCUCUUUACACAUUGUGCUCCCCCAGCAGCUUCACUCAAAGGCUGCAGGUCCCCAAGAUAAGCAAGGAGCAGAGCUUGGAACUGGUGACAUGCUGACACCUCAGCAGUGUAAGCACUGCCCUUGGGCCCACUUGGAGAAGCAUCUCUCUUCCCCCACACCUCAGGUUCUCCUUAGCAGGGUUCUCCAAAGGCUGUUAACUAAGUUUCUGGGUACCCAUGGACACCUGCCCACCAAAUCCAUUCAGCAGAGGAAAGGCUGGUAGUACUGGCACCCAGUACCCCAAGACCUGAAGUCAAACCAGUUGGAGGCUGGGGACACAAGCAGAGGAACUCCUAAUAAACUAGCUGAAUGAGACAAAUCCCACUCUUCCCUUCCUCUUACUCCCCAAUCUAAUCCAUGAUCAAACCCUGUCAAUUGCACCCAUGAAAUAUAUUUCUUUGGAGUCUGGGAUACUGGGACUGUCAGUUCCCUGUUAACUUUGACAGCAACUAUAUUCCCUCAAGAUCAGGUCUCUAAAGUAGAGCUCAGGAUUCUGCAGGCUUAACUUUCAUUUCAAGCUUUUCACCAAUGAUCAGUCUGGAGUCCACACAUCCCUACUCUGCAGGGUAACGUUGAAAGGCUAGGGGAGCAGUCCAGUGCUGCCCUUGAGAAAACUUCACAGCUGAAGUGAAACGAGCAAAAGAAAAAUACAUCCAUUCACAUGAAUACAACUGGUCUUGGUCUACCCAGCUGUUUUUGGUCCUGGGUAUGGUCCCCUUCUUCAUCCACUUGACCCACAAGUUCUCCACAUAUCUUUCCACUUAUUCUCAGCCCUCUGCUUUUCUCUCCCUGGGUCAGCUCAAUCGGAAUCCCCAAGGUCACAAAACAAGUGCCUUGUCAUGUUUAGUGGCCAUCUGGAUUUCUUCUUUUAUAGUAAUUGCCUGUUCAUAUCCUUUACCCAUUUUUCUACUGCACUGUUUGUUGGAUAUUGUUUUCUCCUGCUGACAUAACAGGUUACCACAGAACAACACAAAUUUACUCUCUCAGAAAGGUAAAAUCAAGAGAUUGACAGGGCUGCAUUCUUUGCUGUAGGCACUGGGUAGGAUUCAUUCCUAGUUUUUCCUGGCUUCUAGAGGCUGCCCACGUUCCUUGGCUCCUGGCCCUCUUUCUCCAUCUUUAAAGACAGCAAAGGUAAGUUAUCACAUCACAUCACAUCACGUCACAUCAUAUCACAUCACAUCACUCUGCUCUUUGCUUCCCUCUUCCACUUUUAAGACACCUCUAAUUACACUGGCCCAUCGGAAUAAUCCAAGAUACUCUUCCAAUCUUAAGUCAGUUGGUUAGCAACCUUAAUUCCAUUUACAAUCGUAAUUCCCUUUUCCAUGUAAUAUAUAUUCACAAGUUUCAGGGAUUAGGAUGUAGACAUCUUGGGGGGGUGGUAUUAUCCUGCCUACCAGAUAUUAACACAACCCAUUAUGUAUGUCAGAUAUUUUCUCCCAGCCUGUAGCUUAUUUUCUAAUUUUUAGGUGACUGUACCAAACUUUAAAAUUUUUAUGUAGUUAAAUCUACCAACAUUUUCCUUUAUGGCUUCUAAAACAUCUUUUGGCACUUUUAUAGUUUUGCGUAUUUAUGUUCAGAUUGUUAACCUAAUUUUUUGAGUCGUAGGAAGUGAGAAUCAACUCCACCCCUUUCCCCCCAAAAAAAACAGAUGUCCAAUUUUACCAGUAGCAUUAAAAAAAUGUAAAAUGUCUUAAAGCCAUUCCAUUAAGUGCCAUAUUUAAAAACACGGGUCAUAAAGCAUCUCUAGGUUUCAUAUCCACAUGUCCAACAGCCUACUACACAUCAUCUCAUAUUCAACCUUUCCAAAACUUACUCAUUUCCCCUCUUUUUCUGCCAAUGUGCCCAUUCCUGUUGAAGGGUACCACAUCCACCACAAUAAUGAAGCCAGAAACCUGGCAUCCCUGACUCUUCCCUUCCUCUUACUCCCCAAUCUAAUCCAUGAUCAAACCCUGUCAAUUGCACCCAUGAAAUAUAUUUCAAAUUUAUCUUCACCUCUCCAUCUCAACCAUCACAGUUCAGAUACGAUUUCUCACCAAACUGGUAGCCCUAUUCCUUCUAAUCCAUCCCCCACAUGGCUACAAUUCUCGGGUCAAGUGACCCAAUCUCUUUAACAAGUAUAAAAGUUUUGAUAGUAUAAUUAAAAAUAAAAAUUUUAAAAAUUACAUUAAAAAAUGGAGGAAAAAACCUACUUAAUAUUAUUCCUAGGUAGCAAAAAGAGAAAAAGUUUGAAUAAAGGAACAUAACCUUGGCUCAAAACAAUCUGUAGUCCUUGACUGAAUAUUGGUUUGGUCAAGAUAGUUGUCACAUGUUGGGUCACCUGGGAAACUGAAUGAGGGUUAAAUAACAAUUUACUGAAUAGAAAAGGUAGAUAUUUAUGUUUAAAAAGUUAUAAAGCAGGAUGAUUGCAUUUUGAUUUUAAAAUACCACAUGUACAGACAUACACAUUUACACACAUGCACAGACUCGAAGAUACGAACCAAAGUUAAGAUGAUCUCUGGUUACUGGGAAUAAUUUUUAAAAUUUUGCUUAUAUUUUUCUGAAUAGCUAAAAUGUACAUUACUGCUUCUAUGAAAGUAAAAGGUUAUUUAAAAAGUGAAUUGUGUGUGCACAAUGAUGCACAUGUGGUUGACAAUGUUGUACUGCACACCUGGUGAUUUUAAGGUAAAUUUUACGUUUUGCCACAAUUUAAGAAAGGUAAGAAAGUGCAUUUUCUAGCACUGAAAUCUGACUCACUUCCCUGCCUAACCACCCCUCCCCCACCAAGAGGACACACAAUCUGUUUAGACUAAAGUUCACUCCCGGUAUAUGAGGUUCUCCACAUACGGUUUCUGACCUCUGCAAAUUCACUUCAAGACUCCCUUGCUAGUCAACCUAAUGCUUAAGCAUGUGGUGCCUUUUGCUCAAACUGCUCUCCUGCACUUUUCCCUGCCAAGUCCCCCAAUCUUCCUAUAAUUUCCAGUUGAGACUACCUCCAGAGCCUUAUCUGAUUCUCUUACCUUGGUAUGGUUCCCCUUUUCUUGCAGCCCACAACUUGUGCCCUGUUAGUAGCACCCGUUUCCUGACAGUAUGGCUAUCAAGACCUUCAAAGUAAGAUUCUGUGAGAUCAAGUCCACAUUUCCAAUCCAGUGCUUUUUCCAUUCUACAGUAUUCCCUCUACUCUGUAUAUGGUUGAGAACAGCCAGUCAGAAGGUACAUGCUGUUCCUCUGCCUCCUUUUAUUACUGUCAUUGUUGUUCCAAACCUUUAUUUAUAGCCCUAAACUGAGGGCCUGAGUCCAAAACUCACCACCUGCUGGCUAAGAGUGGAACUGAAGAUACUUUUCCUUUUCUCACCUAUUAUCCCCUCAAGACCCUCCCCCCCAAAUGGUCUCAAAGACAAUGCAAUUCUGAGUUUCUACUUGACACAAGGGACAUUUAAUGAGUCUACACAUCUUUAUGAAAAAUCCAAGUCCUGUAUUCUUUUUUUUUUAAGAUUUUAUUGGGGAAGGGGAACAGGACUUCAUUGGGGAACAGUGUGUACUUCCAGGACUUUCAAGUCCUAUAUUCUUAAAUGUUUUUAAGCCCUCAGUAGGUUGUAGGGCUUGGCAAGAACAAACCAUUUACUAUUUGCUAAAGCUCAAAUGAAUGAUUGGCAGACUGGUGUUCCUCACGGGCACUGUAUGACCACGAGAUUCUCAGGCAACUUGUAGGAAUAGUUAUCUUGGAUCCAAAUGUAUCUCAAGAUGUUAGGCUGAUAGUUCCAUCUUUGUUUUUGCCUCUGUGGCAUACUGUUGGUCCUCUACAAUCUAUUUGAUUCCCUAUUCUUGGUUAGAAACCCAUCUUUUAAAUCUUAACAGUUAUCCUGUGCAAAGAAGUGAUUAGUUCCAGUUAAGAUCACAUUCCAACUUCUUUCUAGGAGCACUGUGGGGGAAAAGACAGACUUCCCAUACAACUUGCCUCUUGGUUUAUGUAUGCAAACUUCUGUAGGUAUAAGGUGGCAACAGUCUGUCACUACUUUCUCAAGUUUACAAAGCACCACUGUCAUUCAUUUUAUCAGAUUAAGAAUCUUGAGGCACCCUAAGAGCUAAGCAUCUCUUUCAAAGCUACGCUGCUAUAAGCACAAAGGCCAGAACUAUUAGGUUGGUGCAAAAGUAAUCGAGAUUUUUGCAAUUAUUUUUAAUCUUUUAAACUGUAAUUACUUUUGCACCAGGCCUCUUACUACAAUCUGCUCUUCAUUUUUUCUAAAGAAUCUACAGAGCUCCAACUAUCUUCCCUAUAGACACACUGUGUGUCUAUUAGUUAAAAGUUAAAACAAUCAUUCCAACACAAAUUUCUAUCACUUGUCAACCAGUAUCUCUACAUAUUUUGUGGGAAAAUACCACUUGCCUUCUGUCAUGCCCCCAUAGCUUAAUGCGCACACUAAAUGCCUUUCCCCAAAAGACCGGGUCUUUGGCCCUCCCUGAGGUUAGGCUGCCAACCCAUAGGGAUGAGAUGGUGACAAUGUUCAGAGUGGGAAGACUGAAAGCUAAGCCAUUAGGGUACCAAAACAGUGGGAAAACCAAAGAAUCAAAGACAGAACAUGGUGAAGAAAGUGUCAUGGAAAACAAGGGACAGCCAUUCAAAUCCCAAAAGUGCAAAAAUAUCUAUUUUACAGCCCAUGAGCUCAAAAUGCUCCAGUUUAAUCAGAGCAGCCAACAUAAAUAUCUUGUCUCGGUAGAUUAUCUAUGUAGACCAGAGCCUGGUAGAAGUACUAGGAUGACCAAUACAAAUUUGACUCGGUAGGUUCUUUUCUCUGCACCAUACUCUUCUUCGGUUAAGACA